AUGUAUCCUUUUCCGACUAUCAUUUUGCUUGAAAUAUUACUCAUAUUUUCAUCGUUGCUACUAUGCCUGACUAAUGACAUCACAGAUACUUUGAUUGAAAUAGUUAGUGCCAUUCCAGUGAAAUCGGUUGUUUUCGUAGCAAUGGACGUAGAUCAUGGACCGGAUUCCUCAUUCUCGAUAAAGAGAGUUAUGAGAACUGUGAGUGCAGCUUUCUUGGUUUUUUCGCGAAGUGGCUUUCAUCUAGCACCACUUACUGGUGGUGAAAUUCUUCUGAUGGCUAUUAUUAAUCGGAACAACGCAUUGACGGCACAACAGAUUGUUUGGGACCUACUUGAGUCCAUUCGUUCAAGCAAAGUUAUCUUUAUAUGUGAAAGUGGGUGCUUAAGCAUUCUCGACGAAUUUUUGAAAGUGUGCUGGGAUUCUGACAUGUCCAAUGUUGUAAUGUUAGCUGAAGAUCCGGUUCAGAUAUUUACAUACAACCCUUUCGAAAUACCUCUGGUCAGAAACUUAACAACCACCAAAAACCCUUUGGAUUUGUUUUAUAAUAAGUUCCUCGAUUUGCAAGGGGAACCAUUCAGAGUCAUUUUCGAAGAAUUUUCACCGCAUGCUUUUCUCUACACGAACAGAAAGGGGGAGCUAGCGGUGGGUGGAUUUAGUGGUCGCACAUUUCUGACGUACACAAGAAAACGCAACGCAACCCCUAUAUAUCUACAAUAUAAGAAGAAUGAUUACAGAACUGAAAUUUCAAACUUGUUUGGAAAUGGAUCUUUGGAAAUGGCGGUUCAUAUCCCUGUUGCGCCUGAAGACCCGAACUUCAUUUAUGACAAUAUCGCGUCAUAUGUCAAGUGGUGCGCUUUGGUUCCGGCUCCAAAAAAGAUUCCAAUAUAUUUGAACUUUGUGCAACCAUUCCAGGAUGAUGUUUGGGCACUUAUAAUCUUCGGUAUGAUUUAUUCAACUCUAGUCUUGCACAUAGCUACCAAACUCACCGAGGGAAGUAGCAGCCUUGCUCUAAAAUUUCUUGAAAGUUUGAAAUUGCUCCUGCGCAUGGCAACUAUCGAGCAUUACCGUAAAAUUAAUAAAAAAUAUUAUUUUGUUUUCUUGCCUAUUUUUCUAUUUGGACUAAUAUUGUCACAGCUGUACCUCAUCUAUCUGGCCAGCUUUCUCACUACUCCCCUCUGGGAAAAAGGAAUCAAAACACUUGAUGACAUUCGCAAGGCAAACCUCCGAAUUCUAGGCGUUAAAUACGAUGUAGAAAGAAAUGUGUUAUCAGCCAAGGAGCUGAAAGAUUAUCAUGAUCUGGUGGAAAUAGUAUCGAUGAAGGAUUUACUCACUUGGCGUAAACGUAUGAAUAAUACAAAUGUUAUAAUGAGUUUCGAUGACAAAAUUCAUCUGACGCUACUAAGACAGGUAGGUCGACCAGAGCCAAAAUUCAGCAAUCCUGGAAUAUGUUUUGGAACCUAUGCAUAUACACAUGCAAUGAAACUGGAAUUCCGCUAUAAAUCUGACUAUUACUGGCAUAUACUAAUGGUGGCACAAGCUGGAUUUAGAGACCACUGGUAUAAAGGAGCUUAUGCGGAAUUAGUUGGGGCUGGUUUAAUAAAACGGGCCGCAGCAAUAGACAAUCGUGCAUGGGCUUUGAGCAUAGACCACCUGAAAUUAAUUUUUAUUAUUCUUGCUUCAGGAUUAGUGCUAUCUGGUAUAGUUUUCAUAGUAGAGUUACAAAUAAGGAUAUGUAAAAGAAGCGAAUAG